GUGAAAGCGGCCAAAGUCUGGUUCUUUGUGGUUGUAUUCUUUGGUGACUGAAGUUCGUCAUGACGCUGUUCAAAACUGGUAUUCACUAACGACGCCAUUUUGGGCUGGUAAAGGAAGGGAGAUAUUCCUUGUUACAUUAGAUUAAUUUAGAUAGUGAAACGCUGUGUUCAUUUGCUGCAUUUGUAUAGCACAUUGUAAGGAGACAAUGUCUGGAUCUGGUGAUCAUGAUGAUGAGAGCUAUGUUGUGAAGCUUCGAGGUUUGCCAUGGUCAACCACAGUAGAUGAGAUUCUUAAGUUUUUCAGUGACUGCAGUAUAAAAGAUGGGAAGCUUGGUAUUCAUAUGACCAUGUCCAGAGAAGGACGACCAAGUGGUGAGGCAUAUGUGGAAAUGGAAACAGAUGAAGAUAUUGAAAAAGCUUGCAAGAAAGACAGGGAUCACAUGGGACAUAGGUAUAUCGAAGUGUUCAAGGCCAAACGAUCUGAAAUGGAAUGGGUUGUGAAACGUAGUGGCUUGAACUUGGAAAAUGCAAUGGAUGAUGGUUGUGUGAGACUCCGAGGACUACCAUUUGGUUGCUCGAAAGAAGAGAUAGCACAGUUCUUUUCAGGGUUGGAGAUAGUACCCAACGGGAUUUCCCUACCGACUGACUACACGGGAAGGAGUACGGGGGAGGCUUACGUUCAGUUUGUAAACAAAGAAGUGGCAGAGAAAGCUCUGCAGAAACACAAGGAUAAAAUAGGACACAGGUACAUCGAAAUAUUCCGUAGCAGUUUAUCAGAAGUUCGAGCUGCUAUUGGACCAAAGAUGCGUCCUAUGGGUCCAGGAGGCUUCAAUCAAAGACCUGCCCCAUAUGACAGAGGUGAUAGAUUUGGUGGAAUGAAUCGUUACAACAAUAUAGGCAGAGGAUCUCGGAGCUUUAAGGGUUUUGGAGAUUUUGAUGAUGGACCAAGUCCUUGGGGAUUCAACUCAUCUUGGGGCAGUGGCGGUGGUGGUCCUGGUCUACGUGGCAACCUAGGUGGCCGUGGAGGUGGUCUAAAUAUGAACAUGAAUAUGAACUCUGGUGGAUUUGGUGGACUAGGAAUGGGUCGUGGCGGUCGUGCUGGUGGAGGUGCAGGUGGAGGAAACUGGAGCAGCAAUGGAACUGGGCUGGGGGGAGGUGGCGGAGGUGGUGGGCAUUGCAUCCACAUGAGAGGACUGCCAUUCAGAGCAACACAGGCAGAUAUUGCUGAUUUCUUUAGGCCAGCUGUGCCAAUAAACAUUCGUCUCCUGUAUGAUAACAGUGGUCGUGCAUCUGGAGAAGCAGAUGUAGAGUUUGCAACUCAUGAAGAGGCAGUGAAAGGCAUGUCCAAAGAUAAAGGACAUAUGCAACAUCGUUACAUAGAGCUGUUCUUGAAUUCCACGCCCGGUAACUCUGGAGGAGGUGGUGGUGGUUUGGGAAGUGGCAACUUCGGAAGUAUGGGUGGUGGUGGAUUUGGGGGUGGUACUGGAGGUGGAGGCUUUGGAGGCGGUUUGGGGAGCAGUUUCCAGCGAGGAUAUUCAGGCAGCUUGGGGAGUGGAAUGGGGUACAGUAGCCAGAUGGGCGGUAGUAAUUACAGUUCAUUUUAAAAUUACAAAUGCACUUCUUGCAUGUAAUAUUGCAGAGUUAUGUGAGAGGGAAUCAUGUGAAUAGACUCUGACUUUGAUGAACAUUUUACUGGGCUCUUCUUUCUCAUACUCCCGGUGGGUUUGUCUCUUCAUAGAAUGUACAGAGGUGAUACAUCAUUCACACCACCAUAUGCUGAGAUUGCAGUGAGAGAUUUCUUGUCCUCUAAUUGUGAUGUGAAAUAACAAGAAGUGGCAGUGUCAUGUUCAUUGUGUGUACAUUACACACUUACAAGGUCUUUGAGAAAAUUAACCUGCCACUUAAUGUUACAUUGACAGUUCUUUAAAUUCACAGAUAUUCAACAGAGCCCCUCACUUGCCAUUAUGUUCAUAUCAUUGGCCUUUUAAUCUGUUUGUUUGAUUAAAGUAAUGGCCUAUGUAUAUGUGUUUUGUCAUUUAUAUUUUGCUCUCAGACUAAAAUUUUAGGUUUUUUUCUUUGGCUUGAGUUGUCUUGAAGUUAUCCUUAAUGUAAUUUAGACAAGCAGAACACUGAAGAAUGUAUUAAAAAGUCAUAACUCUAUAGAUGUUUAUAUUUGUUAUUGCCAUUAAUACAAAAGGUACAAACAUUUACUGCUAAGACAUUUUCUUUGUUGAUUGUUCAAUUGAUUUAAAGACAACUGUCAGUGGUGGUUGUUCCAAGCAAAUAGGCUUGUGAAGAAGUACUUUGCUUGCAUUCAGAAUUUUUGUUGUAAUCCACAUGUGUGAAUGAAAUCCAUGUAGUUUUCAUAUAUUAAAAACAUCUUACAUCUUUGGUAAUUUAUAGAAAUUAUUUUUAAUAAUGGAGAGUGUAGAUUCAUGUACUGAAUUCUGUCCAGCGUAUGCCAUAUAAACAUUUAUUUUGUGAAGUUGAAAGUUUGUUCAUUCAGAACUUCUUAGUAUGUGGUUAGUCUUUUGGAAUUUUUGUAACAUAAAUCUAGGUUCGGAAGGACAUACUUAUUUCACGUUUAAAGUGUGACGGAGAUGUAUGUAAUUGCACAGAAUGUCAUUGCACUGUGUCUGAAAAGGAAGUAAUUUUAAGUGCAGUUUAGGUAUAUAACAUGUUGGGGAUAAUGAACUGUGUGUUAUGCACAGUAAACAGCCGUAUAAAAUAAAUCUUGUGAGAAAACGACAAAUUCCACAUAAUGUCAUGUUAUAAUAUUAUACAAGUAUAUGAAUCUUAUGUAUUUGUUUCAGCAUCUAAAUGGUGAUCUGCAUUUGCUUAAGGAUGACUUCUGUCGGAAUUAUAGCACGUUCACAGUUCAGAGAUUUAUUUGGAAGGACAAAGUUGUGCGCUCUUAAGUGCCCAGGACAAUCACAAAGUAUUUUCUUCCAUAGCUGUGUUUUAGUAUGUAACACUCAGGUGUAGUAUUUUCUGUUAAUUGUAUGGAAAAAAAUGUAAUGGCAUGAAAAAUCCAUGAUGUUCAAAGGCAUACUUGUUUUUAUUUAAUUUGUCCUUACAGAAACAUGUUGUGAAUGUGACUGUGUAAUUCUGCAGUAUGACUUUAAUCUAAAUUAAAUGUUAUGUAAUUUUUAUA